UAGGAGACCUUCGAGCAAACUCACCUGAAACAACACUGUUCAGACAACUGCAAAGCAAAGUAUUUUAGUACGAGGAACAAAGUUUCCUUUAAAGUUUCCUGCUUAAAAAGAAGUCCCUGGCAUCAAUGCUGCCUGCCUAACAGAAAUAAGCGAAGUUUCUUUUUCUUUCCCCCUCACAAGCUUAAAGAUGCCGCUUUUUGGCUGGAUGAAAUGGCCAAAAAAUGAUUCCUACAAACCCUCAAGGUAUCCUGGAUCAGAACUAGUUACAAAAACCUUGCUAAGGGAAUUGAAAUGGCACCUGAAGGAGCGUGAAAGGUUAGUGCAAGAGAUUGAAAACGAGCAAAAAGUCCAGAAAACCGGCAUGGAUUACAACUGGUUGAAGAACUACCAAAAUCCUCAAGCCACAAUUCCAGCUACUGAGCAGCGGCAGCUCGAAGUUCUGUGCUCCCAAAUCCAACCCUGCCAGACUGGAACUGUUCUCAGCAGAUUUCGUGAAGUUUUGGCAGAAAAUGAUGUUUUGCCUUGGGAAAUAGUCUACAUAUUCAAGCAAGUUUUAAAAGAUUUUCUUACUACCAUGGAGAGAGAAAACCAACAAGAGCAACUGGUAAAUGUGUGGAAUACAAAUUGCUCUGAACAUUUCAACCUGCGUGGAGACAGUUCUAACAGAUCGGAGAAAGAGGAAAUCCCUACAGUCUCAAGUUAUGUCGACAAAAACACACAAAGCAUGUUUCCCACUUUCUCUGAUAGGAUCUGGAAUCUACCAUACUACUACCCAUCGAGUUAAGUUGCUUUGUGCUGCUUUCAAAAAGCUCUGUAGCUGUCUGCCUUCCUUCACUGUGAUUGCCAUCCAGAAACAUAGCAAUAAGAAAUGUGACAUGUUCCCUUUUUCACCUUAAGAGCUCAGAAACUAAAAUCCUUGAUUACAGCUAGUACGCAUUAUAUGAACUUGUAGCAUGAACUCUCUUUUCUUACCUUCCACAUUCCUUGAAGCUACUGUGUUUGAAGGAACCUUUUAACCAAAAACGUAGAUGCUGCUAAUAAAACAAGCAUUUUAUCUUUGGCAUAUCUGUAGGUAUAGAAUCAUAAACAAGAAAAGACUGCUUUCUGUAUUUUGGAGUAGCACCAGUCCACAAACUGUUAGACAACAACUGAUGUAUUUAUUACAUAGCUUCUAAGCUUUAUAGGGAAUUUAUACAAUGUAAGAUUUCUUAAGUAUAUUUGAUGUUAUAUUAAAUGGAUAAGUACCUUUUGGAGCUGAAUAUUUAUUUCUCAAUUUCAAGAGUAAGUCCUAAAGCAAAAGCAACGUAAAAUAACAUUUCACUGCAUGAACAGUUUCUUCAUUUGUCUGAACUCUGCACUGCACAUGAGGAAAUACUGUGAAAUCUGACAACUAAAUGUAACCUUUGGAUAUUUAAGUACUUUCAACAAUUAGCUCUCUAUCCCCUAAGAAAUUCUCACAUAAUUUCAUUUCAAAAGGUUGCGCUUCUUCUGUUGUUUGAAGCUACCCUGA